AUGGCCUCCGCCGUCUUCUUCCUCGACCUCAAGGGCAAGACCCUGCUGGCCCGAAACUACCGUGGAGACAUCCCCAUGUCCGCCGUCGAAAAGUUCCCUGUCCUGCUCAGCGAAGCCGAAGAAGAGUCCUCCGCCGUACCUCCCUGCUUCUCCCACGAAGGCAUCAACUACCUCUACAUCCGUCAUAACAACCUCUACCUCCUCGCACUCACCAAGCGCAACACCAAUGCUGCCGAGAUCCUGCUCUUCCUCCACAAGAUUGUCGAAGUGUUUACGGAAUACUUCAAGGCGCUCGAGGAGGAGUCUAUUCGCGACAACUUUGUCAUCAUCUACGAACUCUUGGAUGAGAUGAUGGACUUUGGCUAUCCCCAAACCACCGAAUCCAAGAUCUUGCAGGAAUACAUCACCCAGGAGUCGCAUAAGCUCGAGGUGCAGGCGCGGCCCCCCAUCGCCGUUACCAACGCCGUCUCGUGGCGCUCAGAAGGAAUCCGCUACAGGAAAAACGAGGUCUUCCUCGACGUCGUCGAGUCGCUCAACCUCCUCGUCUCUGCCAAUGGCAACGUCCUCCGCUCAGAGAUCCUCGGUGCCAUCAAGAUGAAGUGCUAUCUGUCUGGUAUGCCAGAGCUGCGUCUGGGUCUCAACGACAAGGUCAUGUUCGAGACGACAGGGCGCACAACGAGGGGCAAGGCGAUCGAGAUGGAGGACGUCAAGUUCCACCAGUGUGUCCGCCUCUCGAGAUUCGAAAAUGACCGCACCAUUUCGUUCAUCCCCCCCGAUGGAGAGUUUGAGCUCAUGUCGUAUCGCCUCAACACCCAGGUGAAGCCGUUGAUCUGGGUCGAGUGCGUUGUCGAGUCCCACAGUGGCAGCAGGAUAGAGUACAUGUUGAAGGCAAAAGCGCAGUUCAAGAGGAGGAGUACGGCAAACAACGUCGAGAUCAUCGUUCCCGUGCCUGAUGACGCCGACAGCCCGCGAUUCCGCACCAACAUUGGAGGUGUCCACUAUGCCCCCGAGCAGAGCGCUAUCGUCUGGAAGAUCAAGCAAUUUGGUGGCCAAAAAGAGUUUCUGAUGCGGGCCGAGCUGGGCUUGCCCAGCGUCCGAGGCGACGACGAGCACGGAGGAGGUAUGACGGGAGGUUUUGGCGGCAGCAUGGGAGGCGUCGGCGCGCCUGGCAAGGGCGCCAAGAGGCCCAUCCAAGUCAAGUUUGAGAUUCCUUAUUUCACGACCAGUGGUAUUCAAGUGCGAUACCUGAAGAUCACCGAGCCCAAGCUGCAAUACCCUUCGCUGCCAUGGGUCCGGUACAUCACCCAGUCCGGCGAUAUCGCCGUUCGGUUACCGGAUGCGUUGCUUUUCCACGUGAAGUCGUGUGUAUGCUCGAAUGCCUGA